GAAACUGUUCCACUGACAAGUUUAGCUUAGCCAAAAAGACACUGCUAUUUUAAAAACCAUUGUUUUUCUUCCGAUUUACCCAAAACAUAUUCGCCGAGUUAUCAACAAAGCAAAGGAGAGAUCAAAACAUCUGAUUUCUUUCGGUUGUGAUGGCUUCUUCAGCUAUGGUUUUGGAUCCGAAACCCGUAUCUGAACCUCCGCCAUCAUUUUCUGCGGCGAGAACGGACGUACAACAUUCCUUCGCCGACCUAUCAAACUCCGACGAAGACGACCUUUACAGCCGCCUAAAGUCUCUCCAGCGUCAGCUCGAGUUCAUCGACAUCCAGGAGGAGUAUGUCAAAGACGAGCAAAAGAAUUUGAAGCGCGAGCUUCUCCGUGCUCAGGAAGAGGUCAAGCGGAUCCAAUCGGUGCCACUUGUAAUUGGACAGUUCAUGGAGAUGGUCGACCAGAAUAAUGGUAUUGUAGGCUCGACUACGGGGUCUAAUUACUAUGUGAGAAUUCUUAGCACCAUCAAUAGAGAACUAUUGAAGCCCUCUGCUUCUGUCGCCCUGCACCGACAUUCAAAUGCUCUUGUGGAUGUCUUGCCUCCUGAGGCUGAUUCCAGUAUUUCUCUACUUAGCCAGUCCGAGAAACCUGAUGUCACUUACAAUGAUAUUGGAGGGUGUGAUAUUCAAAAGCAGGAAAUUCGUGAGGCAGUAGAGCUGCCACUGACUCACCAUGAGCUUUACAAACAAAUUGGAAUAGAUCCCCCUCGUGGUGUCUUGCUUUAUGGUCCCCCUGGAACUGGGAAAACCAUGCUUGCCAAGGCUGUUGCUAAUCAUACGACUGCUGCCUUCAUUAGAGUUGUUGGCUCUGAGUUUGUUCAGAAGUAUUUGGGUGAGGGCCCUCGAAUGGUUCGUGAUGUAUUUCGCCUUGCCAAGGAGAAUGCCCCUGCAAUCAUAUUUAUUGAUGAAGUAGAUGCUAUUGCUACUGCCAGGUUCGAUGCUCAAACUGGAGCUGAUAGGGAAGUUCAAAGAAUCUUAAUGGAACUUCUAAAUCAGAUGGAUGGGUUUGAUCAGACAGUGAACGUUAAGGUCAUAAUGGCAACAAAUCGCGCAGACACCUUGGACCCCGCACUCCUUCGUCCUGGAAGGCUUGACAGAAAAAUUGAAUUUCCAUUGCCUGAUAGACGGCAAAAGAGGCUUGUUUUUCAGGUUUGCACAUCUAAAAUGAAUCUCAGUGAUGAGGUAGACUUGGAAGAUUAUGUUUCUAGGCCAGAUAAAAUUAGUGCUGCUGAGAUUGCAGCUAUUUGUCAGGAAGCAGGCAUGCAUGCGGUGAGGAAAAAUAGGUAUGUGAUACUGCCAAAAGACUUUGAGAAAGGUUAUCGAACCAACGUGAAGAAGUCGGACACGGACUUUGAAUUCUACAAAUGAAGAGAGCCAAACACGAGUAUUGCUAAGACUGGACUGUGCUUUUGAGGGAUUGAUAGCUUAUGUCAGCUAAUACUAAUUGCUGAAAGAUUCCAAUUUGCAUGAUGCUAUAUGGUUUUGAGAGGCAAGCGCUCUUCAGACUGCCUGGAGUUUAUGCUGGUGCCCAAUGGUGUAGUAUGCUUUUAGUUCCUCACAUAAGGAUAGGAUAGGCUUUUAUAUGAACAUUUCUCUCUUUUCAUGUUGGUGUGUUUUAUUUGUACUGAAAAAAAGCAUCUUCCGACAUCAACUUGAGAUGUAACUUUUUUUUCCUUCCUUUUUUACCUUGUUCUGUAAACCUAUUUUUAGUGAAAUCGUUGCCUCAUACUUCCUCUCUAAAUAUCAGAAAAUCCUCCGGUCUU